AUGCCCGAGAAUCAAAUCAUCCAGCUCGGUGCUCAAGGCACCAUCCCCCUCUACUUCCUCGAAAAAGCCCUCCAAGACCCCGAACGCGCCGUCAAACUCCGUCGCUCAAUCGUCGCCAACCAUGAAGCCACCAAGCAAAUCGACUUUCCCCUCGAGAGCUGCGCCCUCCCAUACCAGCACUACGACUACCAAGCCGUGCUAGGCGCCUGCUGCGAGAACGUCAUCGGCUACAUGCCCCUCCCCCUCGGCGUCGCAGGCCCCAUCAACGUCGACGGCAGAAACGUCUUCCUCCCCAUGGCUACCACAGAAGGCGCUCUCGUCGCCAGCACAAACCGCGGCUGCAUGGCCAUCAACGCCGGAGGGGGCGUCUCCACCGUCCUCAUGGACGACGGCAUGACACGAGCCCCUCUCGUCCGAUUCCGCUCUCUCGCACAAGCAGGCGCAGCAAAGGCAUGGCUGGACUCUGAAGCUGGCUUUGCUCUCGUCGAGUCCUCGUUUAACUCCACAAGUCGCUUUGCCCGUCUCCAGAGUCUGAAGACAACCGUCGUCGGGUCUGACCUGUACAUCCGCUUCAAGUCGCGCACCGGUGACGCAAUGGGCAUGAAUAUGAUCUCCAAGGGCGUUGAACGCGUUCUCGAGGUGAUGGUGGAGAGCGGGUUCGACGAUAUGCAGAUUGUCUCAUUGUCAGGAAACUACUGCUCUGACAAAAAGGCAGCAGCAAUCAACUGGAUUGAAGGACGUGGGAAAACUGUCAGCGCGCAAGCAACGAUCCCCGCUGAUGUCGUCCGGAAGAUCCUCAAGACAGACGUCGAGAGCCUGGUCGAACUCAACACGUCCAAGAAUCUGAUCGGCAGUGCCGUUGCGGGUGCUUUGGGUGGAUUCAACGCCCACGCUGCUAAUGUCGUCACGGCGAUUUUCCUCGCCACUGGUCAAGACCCGGCGCAGAAUGUGCAAAGCAGUAAUACUCUAACUGUUAUGAAGAACGUCGACGGCAACCUCCAAAUCUCCGUGUACAUGCCCUCCAUCGAAGUCGGCACCGUCGGCGGCGGAACCGUCCUCGGUCCCCAAAAGGCAAUGCUAGGAAUGUUGGGCAUCCAAGGUGCCGAUUAUGAAAACCCGGGCGGAAACGCACAGAAGCUUGCGCUCAUAAUUGCGUCUGGUGUGUUGGCGGGCGAGUUGAGUUUGUGUUCUGCUUUGGCGGCUGGGUCGUUGGUGAAGAGCCAUUUGGCGCAUAACCGGAAGAAGAAUUAG